UUUCAUUCGUAUCAGCGACUUCGUGUGCUUUGGACGUUCGACGCGCUUUAAACAGACAUCAAAUUCUUCAACUACAAAAAACAGAAUCCACUUUGCACCGGUAUUUACGCGCGCGCGUCUUAUUGCAAACUAUUUUAACUGCAAAAAUAUAAACUGCUAUCCAGUUCCAGUUAAUUUAACAGUGAAUAAUUAAGGCUUGUCUGCACUUGUUCUCGAGAGACCUGCGUGCGCCUUUUCUGCGUCAGUGUGUUUGUGUGUGAGUGUGUGUAUCCUUACAUCCUCGUUUCGCCCCCGCCACCGACGCCGUCGACGCCUUUGCAUAGGGUGUGGUGUAUCAUACAAAAUUCCAGCGCACUGUAAUACAGUUUAAAAACCAAAAAAGAAAACAAAAAACAUGUCUGUCUCCUCGAAUGCAUCCUCUGCCUCGCGCAACGGCAGCGUCGAUGAUAGCACAACAACAACAGCUACUACGGAUAGCUCCGAGCUGGCGCACAUUUUGAAUAGGCGACAGGAGAUCAUGGACUCCCAGGAGGCUGGCAUCGAGGUUCCCCGCACCUUUAAGGUGGUCAAUGUCUACACCGAAUUCCAUGAAUUUUCGCGCAAGCAAAUCAAGGACUAUCAAAAGACCUUCAAUACCUAUGAUACUGCUAGAGAUGGUUUCCUGGAUCUGAACGAGCUGAAGUAUAUGAUGGAGAAACUGGGCGCACCGCAAACGCAUUUGGGAUUGAAGAAGAUGAUUGCUGAGGUGGAUGAGGACCACGAUGGAAAGAUCUCGUUCCGUGAGUUCCUGCUGAUCUAUCGCAAGGCGCAGGCCGGCGAGCUGGACAGUGAGUCAGGUCUGAAUCAAUUGGCGCGCCUUACCGAAAUCGAUGUGGAGCAGGUGGGCGUUAGCGGCGCCAAGAACUUCUUUGAGGCGAAGAUCGAGCAGCAGCUGCGCACAAAUAAAUUCCACGACGAGAUCAGGCAGGAGCAGGAGGAGAGACGUCGCGAGGAGGAGGAGCGYGCACAGCGACGCCAGCAAUUCCAGCAGCGUGCAGCCAUCUUUCAGUAAAGCGGCAAUCGGAGCGAUUUCUACAUGAAACUAUAAAUAUAUACAUAAACUAUAGAAUUUGUAGUCUAGCACGUAAUCCUUGUGGCGUAGGUUAAACAAAUGCAAACAAUUUAGGGACGUGUCAGUGCAGAGCAGAAGUUUUUUGAUAUCACAUCACAUCGUAGUAUAAACUAAUCAUUCACAUAUAACUCACUAUAUAGAUAUAUAUGGUUAUAUACGUACAUACAUAUGUGUCUCUCACACUUACAUAUAGUUAAUGAGCAUACCAAAAUCAU